UCGUAACUACUCCUGUAAAGUUUUCAAGCCCAUUUAUUUUGUCGCGCGAGCUGAACGUGACACCUUUUUUUUCAGGCCCAAUUUAGGCGUGACUCACUAAAAAUGGGUCACUGGUUUGCUCAGAAAAAGUGCAGCGGAAGCCAAUUUUCUGCAUUUAAGUGUUCCGAUAGUUUGCAACCUACAGACGUCCUCGUGACCGAGUGGAAAGACAACGCUCAGCGCCGCCUGUCACGAUGACGACCGGACUGACUGCCAUCGUGCUUCUUGGCGCACUGUCUCGGAUUCAAGCGCUGCAGCCGGUGUCUUUCGUCACAGUGGAAGUUGGUGCUAACGUCACUUUAACAUGCCCACACUCCGAGAACAUGGGAGAUAUAUUUUACUGGUACAAGAUGAAGUUCGGUUCUGUAAUCGAAACGAUCGUGGAGGGCUACUUUGGGGAACUAUCCCUUCGAGGUCACUUUAAGAACGUCCGAUUCAGAAGUGCCCGCGUGGGUCACACUUACUUUUUAAACAUCUCCAGCGUGAACAAAGAAGACGAAGCGACUUACACUUGCCAAGCUGGGACCUCAUACAAUAUGCGCUUCAUUCACAGCAUGCAUUUGCUCGUGAAAGAUCCCACACACAAGUCCUUCCACGUGAAGCAAAUUCCACAAGCCAAGUCCGUCGAGGCGGGCCAAUCGAUCUUGCUCCAGUGUUCGAUUCUCUCCGGGAGGAGGCACAAUGUCAGCCGGUGUCCGGUUAAUCGAAAUGUGUACUGGUUCAAAUCUGGAUUGGGAGACUCGUCCCCGCACAUCAUUUACACCGAUGGAGAUGAUGAGAAGGUCAGAGGGAGCUGCGUUUUCCAUCUGUCCAAACUCAUACAGAACUCAUCGGAUAGCGGGACAUACUAUUGUGCUGUGGCAACAUGCGGGGAGAUCCUGUUUGGCCAAGGAACUCAUGUGGAGACACGUAUGUAUACUAGAUUCUAAAUUUGCAUCCAUCUUUAUGAAUAUAUCACUUUAAAACAGUUAUUGUCUUGUACCUCCUGACGUGUUUGGAAGGAUCUUAAUCCGCAGUGGUAGUAGAGUUCAUCUGAAGGUUUUGACAAAUUCCAGCAUUUGCAUUUUUUUUUGGGACUGGGGUCAAGGGUGGGUGGGGGUUAUCAUCAUUUUGAGAAUCUACAUCUCCAAAAUUGCUAUUUUACAGGAAAUCCAAAAGACACCAUUGUGCGU